AUGCGCUCCCCCGCCUUCGCCUCGCCAGCCAGUGGGUCGUGGUGCGAAGGAGUGGGCGCGUUCUUUAGGGCGACGAGCACGGGGCCGCUGCGGCCGCUGGGGGCCGGCGGAGACAUCGCGGCGCCGCCGAAGGCACCGCCGAAGGCACCGCCGAAGGACGCGCGGGACGCAGAGGACGGCACCGCCACGCCUCCGUGGUACGACCAACUCGUGGUGACCGGCGAGAAGUCGGUGGCUUCGAACUACGACCUUGCCAGGGACGACAUCAAGCGAAAGCAGGAGGAGGACGCGGCCCAGAAGGAGAGGAGGAGAAGCGCCUGGCAGCAGGAACUGCAGAAGCAGGCCGAGGAGGAGAAGGCCAAAAGAGAGGAGGAGCGGAAGGUGCGCGAGGAGGAGGCCGAGAUCCACCGGCUGCGGAUACUGGAGAAGCUGCAGCGGGAGCGCGAGGAGGAGAGCCGCCGACUCUCCGAGCUCCACGCGAUGGAGCUGGAGGAGCGGGCGACCGCGAAGGUCAACGCGGUGUGGCGGCAACGAGAAUGGGCUGCCAGAAGGCAAGAGGAGGAAGAGCUGCAAUCUGCUCAGGACGAGGAGCAGCAGCGGUUGCAGGAGAAGCUCGCGGAGGAGAUCGCGUCCAGGCCGCGAGUGUCCUUCGGCGUGAAGCCGUCCCUGCAGCCGCCGUUCAUGCCCCAGGCGCCGACCAGGCAGCCCCAGGAGGAGCCGCCGCCCCCGCCGCCGGACCCCCUGGGCGCGGCGCCCGUGGACGAUUUGCCCCCGGGGCCCCCGCCUGGGCCGCCGGAGGACGCCCGCGCGGCGUGGCCUCCGCCGCCGGAGGGCGCCUGGCAGCCGCACCAGGCCGCGUGGCCGCCGCCCCCGGGCGGCGCCGCCUGGGCGGCCCCGCCGAGCGCCGCCUGGCCGCCCGCGGGCGGCGCCGCCUGGGCGGCCCCGCCGGGGGCCGCCUGGGCGGCCCCGGGCGGCGCCGCCUGGGCGGCCCGCCGCCCCAGCGCUCCGCCGGGCUGUGCGCCGCCGCUCGCGGGCGCCGCCUGGGCGGCGGGCGGCGCGCCGCCGCCCCCGGUGGGCGCCGGCUGGGGCGGUGCGCCGGCGGAGGGCCCGCCCGGCGCAUGGAGUGCCACGGCCGCUGCGCCCGCGCCGCCGGGUCCGCCCGAGCAGGACUUCGUCGACGGCGACUUCUCCCCUGCGGAGGUCAUGCACGAGUCCCCCGACCACGAGAACUCCCAGACGGCACUCCCGCCGCAGCCAGCCGACCAGCGGCUCCAGCGGCCAGAAGGGCCCGCGGAGUUCUACGGCCCUCGCAUACAUGCCAUCUACGAGCGGCACAAUCCAUCGAAGCUGGGGGACGUGCCCUCGCUGAUGAAGAAGUACGUCGGAUCCGAGGCGGAGAUGUACGAGAGGAUCUGCAAGAAGUACAGGGUGGACCCGGGGCCCAUCCCGGACCACCUGCGGCCGUCCGGUGCGCGGCCGCCGGCGCCGUCGUCCAGGCCGCUGGCGGGUCAAGCCGAGGCGCCGCCUGCCGCGGCGAAGGAGAAGAGGGGCGAGAAGCGCGACAGGCACGACCGGCACGACAGGCGUGACAGGCGGGGCGAGAACGGUCGCGGCGGUCACGCCAAGAAGGAGGAGCCGCCCGCGCCUGCCGCGCCCACGACGCCGCCGGCGCGGGAGCCGCUGCCACAGCCGGGGCCGAGCAGGCCGCCGGCGCCGUCGGCGUCCUCCCUCCUGGCUCGGUUCCAGAGCCUGACGACGUUCCCGGGCGGCGAGCCGGAGCCAGAGGAUUCCGCUCUGGCCCGGCGCGGCGAUGCCAGCGCUGGUCUCGACCGGGACGCUCCAGGGCACGACCUCGGCAGCCGAAUUAGAGGUAGCCACGGCGGCCGCAGCCGGGAGGACGCCAGAAGACCAGAGCGGCCCUCGAGGCGGUCCCCCCCGGCGCCGCCGCCAGCGGCGCCGACGCCGCCGCCCGCCAGGGACAGGAGCCGCAGUCUUGGCGUGUGGCGCGCCGCCGCCUCCAGCGGCAGCCGGCGCGCAGGCCACUCCAACGGGGACCUCCACCAUAGAGAACGAGACGGGCACCGCGAGCCCAGCGGCUACGGCGGCGGCACAGGCGGGCCCUCCCGGGAGGAGCGCGGCGGCGGCCACCGCGAGCCGCGCGGCGGCUCCGCGCGCGGCGGCGGCGGCGAGCGCGGUAGCGCUGGGUAUGACGAUGGUGCCCCCCGUGGUCGUCACAGAGACGGCGGUGAUCAUGGGACAGGUAGACAUCGUGGCAGAAGCAGAUCUGGCGACCACCGCCGCCGGGACGCGGAGGGCAGCCGCGCGGGCGGCGGGCGCGGCGCAGGCGGCGGUGGCGGCGGCGGCGGCCACGGGAGCCGCGGCCACGGCUACCGAUAGGGCUGCUGGCGCAGGCGAGCCGCUUAUGUUGCGCGCGUCGCGCAC